AUGGCCACGAUUGCGGCCUUGUUCCUCGUGUUACUUCACCUUAGCAUUGCAAGAGGUUUCAGCAAAGUUUACUCACAAUGGAAAUGCGCGGAGUUGCAUACAUUGCCGCAAUAUGUUACGGCUUCAUAUUACUUUAUACUCAGAGAAUCUUGUGAACUACAUAUCUCAACUCGUCCUAUAACAGAGCAGCUAUAUCACGAUUCUCAUUCAAAUUGCUCAUCGGAGAAAAGUGGCCACAUGACAAAAACAGAGAACUAUAAAUAUAUACUCUUUGUGUGGGAGGACGACCAGUUGGCCAUUCUACGGCAAAAUAAAAUUUCUGCUUCUGCAGAGGUGGUCGUUGUGGACGCAACAAAAGAAUUACGGAAUAACAAGAGUUAUGGGAACUUUCGGAUCGCAAAGUUCGAAAACAAAAUCAAAUCAUUUGUAUUCAAACCCUUUAAAGAAAUUAUGUUCGAAACAUGCCAUCGUCAUCAUCAAGAUGAAGGAGGGAAGUUGUGGUUCCGCUGUUAUUCCCUCAGCGGCACUGAACUUACUGAGCAGACAAUCGAAUACGAGGGCAUAUCUGCAAUUGUUAGAAAUCAGCAAAAGUUCAACUUGCCGAAACGUUACAAUUAUAGCCGUUCUAUCGCAUCAUACAUAACAGAACUAGGAGGGCAUAGAUUAUGGGUACUAAGCGGCAAGACCCUUUAUGAUUUUGACUUGGAUAAAGUCGAAAGAGGCGCCUACAAUACAAGUAAUCCAUUAAUAUAUAAGAUACCAGAUAAGCACAGAUUCAAGACAAAAAAAUCUGAAAUUUUGUUCGCUGAUGCAUUUAGUAUUAUUACAAGACGUUGCUAUAGCUACAAAAUUAAAGGGUGCUUAUAUCGCUACAACAUACCAAGAGGAGAUAGAUUGAUAAGCCGUUGUAUAUACGACGAAAUGUUUGAUAUACAACCUGCGUUGCUGUCUAAAAGUUUCCGAAGCGAAGACUCAGGUGUCAAAAAACUCAUGCAAGACGAUGAAUAUGACAGCGUCAAGUGGAAAGGUUACAAUAUGGCCUAUGCGCCUGUUCUACUUCUAGGGAUAAUAACGAUAGUGUAUCUAUGCUUCUUCUUCUACUAUGCUUUCAAACCAAACCCUCAUAGCGAUCUUACGGAGCUUUCGAAAGUGAUGGAUGAACAGCUUUAUGAAUUGUCCAUUCUCACCAAAGAGGUAGCCGAAACGAUGAAGCGCAAAAAG